GUGAACAUCAACAACGAAGAAGCACAAAAGUAUCAACUUUAUAAGGAAUGUCCAUUAUCAACAACAAUCCAUUAUUACAACUAGUCAGAACCCAUAUUAGUCCAGAUAAGACGAUAGAAACAUUACCCAAAGUCACUAUUAGGGAUGUUAUUCUAUCGAUAACGAAGAUUUUUCAAUCCUCAGAUAUCCAAAUUCUAGCUAAUAAUGAUAAUUUCAAGAUAAAGUUGUCGAGGGAAGACUUUCAAGGUUUGAUUGAUAAAAAUUAUGGAAGAUAUAGGGAUAAUGCAAUUGAAUCCAUACGAGACUAUGAAGAAGACUAUGAGAAAGUGAUGAAUGAGAUAUCGAUGAUUGAAAAAGGUGAAUUAGAUCAACUAGUGAUUCAAGAGUAUAAACAAUCGUUACCAGCUCAGCUCACAAAGCCUGCUCAACAACAACAACAACCAUCAAAUACCCCAGCGCAACAGCUGAAACCACAAGUACAAGCACCCCCUUCUAUAAUACAGCAGCAGUCACAAACUCAAACGCAAGCUCCACCACAACUACAACCACAACAAACAAAACAAGUGCAAGCUGUUCAUCAAACUCAAGCCAGUACGCAAUCUCAACCACCACAAGCUACCAUCCCACAAACACAAUCAGUCCCAGUUCCAAGUACUCGAUUACAAGCUACUAAUGCUAUUGAAGAACCUGAGAAAUCCAAUAUUUCUGUAUCAAAGACUGAUAACAAUCUUCCACCAAAUCCAGUCAAAUCCGUUGAUUUUGCGCCAGUUUCGAAUGGCGAAGAAAACGAACCAGUACCUGCUACUAUGGAAAAUGGAAACGCUGAGGAAGAAACUGAGGAACCUGAAGAAGUUAAGGCACCUACUCCUGAGGCUACAACUCCUCCAGGUGAUGAUAAUGAUGUGGAGAUGGUGGAUGUUAAAGAAGAAGUUGAAACGGAAAAAGAAGGCGUGAAGGAAGAGGAGCUAAUAGGAGAGACAUCUGAUGCUAAAGAAUCAACUGAUGGUAGCGAAGGUGAUGAUAGAUCAGUUGAGAGUGCUCGUAAAAGAAGAUCCUCCACGUCCAAACUUGAAGAUAAAACACCAGCAAAGAAAAGAGCUAAACUGUCAACGUCUGUUCCAUCUAGUCCUGCUGGUCCAGUACACGCACCACCAAAUAAGAAACUUCAAAUUCUAUCAAAUCCGUUGAUUGCAAAUAUUACAUCAUAUAAAUAUGCCUCAACUUUUUUACAACCAGUUAGUGAAAGUAAUGCCCCUGAUUAUUACUCAUUGAUCAAAGAACCAAGAGACUUGAAAACUAUUAAACAAAUGGUUAAGGAUGGCAGGAUUCAAAAUGCUGCUGAAUUAGAGAGAGAAAUUUUGUUAAUGUUUGCAAAUGCUAUAAUGUAUAAUAAAGACGGUACGGAUAUCAACAAUUGGUCAAAAGAGAUGCAAAUUGAAACUGACAAGCUAUUGCAAUUGUUCAAAGAGUCUUAUGAUACUACUUAA